UAUACAUGAAGGUGAUGAUAAACCAUACAGUUAUGUAACAUGUGGAAAGGAAAGUGUAACAUUGGAUAACGUAAAACAAUCUAAUAUACAUGAAGGUGAUGAUAAACUAUACAGUUAUGUAACAUGUGGAAAGGAAAGUGUAACAUUGGAUAAUAUAAAACAAUCUAAUAUACAUGAAGGUGAUGGUAAACCAUACAGUUAUGUAACGAGUGGAAAGGAAAGUGUAACAUUGGAUAACGUAAAACAAUCAAAUGUACAUGAAGGUGAUGAUAUACCAUACAGUAAUGUAACGAGUGGAAAGGAAAGUGUAACAUUGGAUAACAUAAAACAACACAAGAGAAUGCCAUAUAGAAAGAAACUGUAUAGUUGUGAAGUUAGAUUGAAUAGUGAUUUGAAAAAAUAUAAACAAAUACCUACUGGUGAGAAACCUUAUAGUUGUGCAACAUGUGGAAAACAAUUUGGAUGUAAUGGUAACUUAAAAAGACAUGAACGAAUACAUACUGGAGUGAAACCUUACAGUUGUGAUGUUUGUGGAAAACAACUUAGAAGUAACUUUAGCUUAAAAGUUCAUGAACGAAUACAUACUGGAGAGAGACCCUACACUUGUGUAGUAUGUAAUAAACAGUUUAGAACAAAUAAUGCAUUAAAAUAUCAUCAAAGAAUACAUACUGGUGAGAAACCUUACUGUUGUACAAUUUGUGGAAAAGACUUCAGAGCUACAAGUGACUUAAAAGUGCAUCUAGAAAAACACACUGUUGGAAAACCUUAUUGUUGUGACGUUUGUGGAAAACAGUUUCAAACAAGUAAUCAAUUAAAACGACAUGAAAGAAGACAUACUGAGGAGAAACCUUACUGUUGUGAUGUUUGUGGAAGAGACUUUAAAACAAAUAAUGAAUUAAAACAACAUCAAAGAAUACAUACUGGGGAUAAACGUUAUGGUUGUGAUGUUUGUGGAAAACAAUUUGGAACUAAUGGUAACUUAAAAAAUCAUGAACGAAUACACAUUAAAGAGAAACCUUACAGUUGUGCUGUUUGUGGAAAAAACUUUAGAACAAAUGAGGAAUUAAAAAUACAUCAAAGAAUACAUACUGGGGAAAAACCUUACUGUUGUGCAGUUUGUGGAAAAGGCUUUAGAACAAGCAGUUCUUUAAAAUAUCAUGUACAAAUACACACUGGAGAGAAACCUUACAGUUGUGAUGUUUGUGGGAAACAAUUUAUAAAAAACUCUAGCUUAAGAAAACAUGAACAAAUACAUACUGGGUAACCUUACACUUGUACAGUAUGUGAUAAACAGUUUUACAUAAAUGGUGGAUUAAGAUAUCAUACAGUAUAGUGAGAACCGUUGCUUCUGUACAGUUACUGAAAAAUAAUUUCAAAGCAACUGUAACUUAAAAAUGUAUUGAAGAAUACAUUUCGGAGACAAACUAUACAGUUUCACAGAUUAUGGAAAACAGUUUGGAACAAAUAGUAAAUUAAAAGUACAUAAGAGAAUGAACACAUGGGAUAAACUAUACUUUUGUUUAAUGUAUUGUAAAGAGUU